CAGCUUGGCCUUUGCUUUGAGGCAAAACAGGAGAAGGGGUGGAGCAAACAAAGGUGUGGCUAAAUGCAGGUGAAAGAAAAACACAGCACCGUGGUUACUUGAUCGGGCCAGGGGCUCGUCUGCUAGGGCAAUGAAAGCAUCAGAGCUAAUCGUUUGGAGAUAUGAUUGUGAUGUUCUUUAGUGCUCCAGUUUGACGUGAGCAGGACGACAGCAGCCGUCUAUAAGACAGGAGAGUCAACGUGCAGGAGGACGGUUUUUCAAAACGAAGACAAAGCUCUGCUGUCAGCCUGGCCAUGAUGGAUCCUGGGAAACUGCUAGAGAAAAGGAGAUGGUAUAGUUCCUGUCGCAAGUGUUUCCUCCUCAUCCUGGUGCUGGCGGCUGUUUUCUUUUUAUACAGCACAUACAAAGAGCAAAUGCUGUCCGACUUGAACCCCAAAAAAUUGUGGGAUCGAUUGACAAGUCAGAGACAAAAUGGAGCUUCCUACACAGCUGGUGUUACCACGAGCUCGCCUGCAUCUAAACCGACUGAGAUUGCAUCUCCUCAAACUGAGAUCAUCACAUCGUCAGUGGCGACGAACGCGACUCGAAGGACUACAAAUGCUUCAUUGGUGACUCAGCAGAUGGGCCAACCAAAAGCUGAGCCGCCAACACCUGUUCCUUAUAAAUCCCCGGGCCCGUACGUAGUGGAAUACCCCUACGAGUACCACUUCAUCAUAAACGAGCCGAAGAAAUGUGAGCAGCAGAAGCCUUUUGUGGUCCUCGUGGUUCCGGUGGCGCCCUCCAACAGGGCGCACCGCGACGUCAUCCGGAGCACCUGGGGAGGCGAGAGUCUGGUUCUCGACAAAGUGGUGACGCUGUUCUUCCUGCUGGGGAAGCAUCCCGGAGACGGAGCGGCGCAGCUCCAGGAGCAGCUGCUGCAGGAGAGCGCCGAGCACCGAGACCUGAUCCAGAGCGACUUCCUGGACUGCUACAAGAACCUGACCAUCAAGACCAUGGUGAUGCUGGAGUGGCUGGACGCCCACUGCUCCGCCGCCGGCGUCCCGUACGCCAUGAAGAUCGACUCUGACAUGUUUCUGAAUGUGCCCAAUCUCGUCAGCAUGCUGUUAAAAGCCCCGACGACAAACUACAUGACGGGACUCGUGGCGAGAGGAGCCGCGGUCCUGCGAGAUCCAAACUCCAAGUGGUUCAUACCUGUGGAGCUCUUUCCUCAGCCGCAGUACCCGCGUUACGCCCUGGGUCUGGGCUACGUUUUGUCUCUUGACCUCCCUAAAAAGCUCAUACAGGCUUCCAGACACGUUACUGCUCUUUACAUUGAGGACGUGUAUUUGGGGUUGUGUAUGGAGCACUUGGGCAUCCCUCCCACCGACCCCCCAAACUGGAGUUAUUUCCAAGUGAAUCCUGUGGGGUACAAUCGCUGCGCUUACUCCGGACUCAUUGCCACCACUACAAACAAAGACACUGAUCGUGUGAGUGAGUGGAAAGACUUUAAAAAACCGGGUACAUACUGUUGAAAACAAACCGCAAAAGAUUUGUCGAUUAUUCGAAAUUGUUGUCAACUAUUAAUUCAAUCAGGAGAGACUUCGUUGCAGGUAUGCAAAUAUUUAUUUUAAAUGAGCAUAAUAUGAAAUGUACAGAGUCUUUGGGGAUUAGACUCCAUCAUUAAAAUAUUUAAAAGGGGUAGAGAAGCCAGACAUAUUCCUGAGUCUAGACACUGGUGAUGGUGGAGAGGGAACCCUAGAGAUCGAACGAAGGAGCCUGUCUGCCGGAAAGGGACUCAGGUUACAGUUGUUGAUGAUGCCCGGAGGUGGAAGAGGAGGAGGAGGAGGAGGGUUGCACAUUUGCCUGAGAAGACAGCUCAUAGCAAGGAGAGAAGACAUUUAAAGCAGGAUGUCAUGCUGUGAUUGGAUCAUGAAUUCCGUGGCCAAUUCUGGUUGGUUUACUGAAGAGUGAACGCCUCUUAACAGCUGAAUAGUUUUAGGGAGAGAUAGUGGCGAUUGCAGUAAUUUAGAAGUUUUCCUGGAAGAAUUUGCACUGAGCUUCAUAUGUAUUAAGAGUCUUUUUUUUUUUAAUUAUUUUAAUCGAGAGAAAAAAGAAACUCUGAUUCCAGCUUCUUAGAUGUGAAUAUUUUUCUAGUUUCUUCUCUCCUCUGUGACAGUACACUGAAUAUCUUUCAGUUGUGUAAAGAACAAGAUGUUUGAAGACGUCAUCUUGGGCACCAUUUUCUGACAUUUUAUAGACCAGACAACUAAUCAAUUAAUCGAGAAAAUAAUCAACGGAUUAAUCGACAAUGAAAAGUAUCGUUAGUUGUGGCCCAGUCUAUAUCCAAGACGUUCCACCUCUGGGAUAGCAAGUAAAUUUCGCCGGAUGCAUGUACACUAUGUCCGGUAACACUUUACUUGAAGGUAUCUACAUAAGAGUGUCAUGACAGUGUCAUGAACACAUGACCCUAACCUUAACCCUAAUGACACUUACUAAA